CUUUACAGAAGGCGUUGGCUGGGAAGCCUUUGCUGCCUUCAGAAGCUGGAGAGUCUUUGUCAUCCUCCAACACAAGGUGGAAGUUAAACAAUGCAGACAAGUACUGCAAGCUCUGUUGUGCCCCCUUUGACAAUCCCCUCACGGCUCAGCAGCAUUAUGAUGGUAAGAAACACAGAAGAAAUGAAGUGCGGAAAAAGAUAUUGGAGGAGCUCGGAGACAUAGCUCUCCCUGCAGAAACCACAAAUGGCUCCUUCUUUUCAGCUGUUGGGGUUGGUUAUUACUUGUGCUCUCUAUGUAACGUCACGAUUACAUCUAUAGAAACGUACCUGUCCCACGUGCAAGGGAAUAGGCACCGGACCAAUUUAUGCAGAGAAAGAGAGCUUCUCAAUCUCACAAAGAAAUCAAAGAAAACAUACAACUCCUGUCAAGAUGAAUUCACAGAUGACAUUGAAGUUCUGGAAGCUGGAGAUCUAGAACCAAGAAGGUAUUUAGGAAAAGCAGAAGAGAAAGAGUUUCAAGAUGAAAACAUUGAAGGAGGAAGUGAUCUUGGUGAGGUUACAUCUUCAAACUUUAAGUGUGGACAAGGCCAGCACUUCAGCAUUUUCUCAGAGACCCAGUCACCUACAAAUUCUGGGGAAAAUAGUUUGCCAAGCUGGCCAUCAGCUUCUGAGCAUGCACUAGAAAAGACACCUAAUUAUCACUAUCACAAGGGAUACUAUAAAGAAGAGGAAGAAAAGCAGGGGUCUGAGGUGGCCACUGUUAGAGAUCAGAGCUUCAGCCCAUUGGUUGCAGAAUCUGAAGACUCUUACGAACUUGUUGGAACUUCUACCAGCUCCUAUGGAAAAGAACAGAAAUUUCAGAUUAAAAAAAUUGAGGAGGAAAAAUACAUCAUUGAAGAGCUGAAGUAUGAGAAAGAAGCUACAAAGCAGAAAAGAAAGAAAAGCAGUGAAGGUGCAGAUUUUGGAAAAGAAAGUGAGAAGAAAAAGAGAAUUAAAGUUGAGAUAGACUUGGUAAAUGAGAAGAAAUCAAGACCUUUUAAAGACAAAAGACUUAAAGAAAACCCAGCUGAGAAAGAGAGCAAAAAGGAUAAAAAGAAGCCACAGAUACCUAUCAAAAGAGAAGAGGAGCUUCUUUGGGAUGAGUCUGUCUUGGGAUAUUGGUAA